CGUGCCUCGCGAUCAGGACUCGACACUAUCAGAUCCUUUACUCCUGCCACUCUGUCUUAGUUACUCCGAACAGAAGGUAGCCUCUUCUGUGUGAGAGCUACAUUAUUUACAAGUUGCAAGCUAUGACUCAGUGCACAGAAAGGAGGUACACUUUUGAAAUUGUGGAUGAAGUGGCAAAUUUUCUACUGAGCAGAACUGUAGUGCGACCAACCGUUGGUAUUAUUUGUGGAACAGGACUAGGAAGUUUAGCAGAGAAACUGGAGGACAAAGCAAUUUUCAAAUAUGAGGACAUUCCACACUUCCCUGUAUCCAGUGUGGAAGGACAUGCUGGACAAUUGGUGUUUGGUCGACUUGAAGGAGUUUCUGUUGUAUGCAUGCAGGGGCGAUUUCAUUAUUAUGAAGGAUAUCCAUUAUGGAAGUGUUGUAUGCCUGUGAGAGUAAUGAAACUCCUUGGAGUAAAAUAUUUCAUUGCUACCAAUGCAGCUGGAGGACUCAAUGAAAGAUACAAAGUUGGAGAUAUUAUGAUCCUGAGGGACCAUGUGAAUUUUAUGGGGUUUGCAGGAAACAACCCACUUCGUGGUGCUAAUGACGACAGAUUUGGACCCCGUUUUCCUCCUAUGAGCAAGGCAUAUGAUCCUGAACUCAUUGAUGUGGCAAAGAGUGUGGUUAAGGACAUGAAUAUUGAAGACAUUGUCCAUGAAGGUGUUUACACAUGUCUUGGUGGUCCCUGCUAUGAAACACAAGCUGAACUUAGAUUAAUGAAGCUCUUGGGCAUUGAUGCUGUUGGUAUGAGUACAGUACAUGAAAUAGUCACAGCUGUCCACUGCGGUUUACGCUGCUUUGCAUUCAGUCUCAUUUCAAAUGAAUGUGUCACAGAAUACAACACCGAAGCAGAAGCUAACCAUGAAGAAGUAAUGGACACUGGAAAAAUGCGUGCCCCAAUUCUCCAAGCUCUUGUUGCUGAAUUCAUAAAGAGAGUAGAUGGAUAAGAAAUUCAUUCUCUCUUCAUUUUUAAGAUAUACAUUUUCAUAUUGAAAUAUUUCAUAUAAAGACAUCAGCCAACAUCUUGCACAUUAUGAGUGCAUAAACUGUCAUGAUCUGUGAAUCAUUAAACUAAAACUCCCCUGGAGUUUCAUUGUUAGGGUCAUUUCUGAUCCAGGUAUGCUUAUACUCUAAAAGCCUCAUGUUUGUAAGUCAUUAGUGCUUUGAUUUCAACAGUUUGAGCUCUAAUAAUCUUCUUUACUAUUAAGAUCUAGUGAGGAUAAUAAAUGUGAACUGCGCACUGAUCCCUAAUGAGGGAAAAAAGGCAAGUGUAUCAUUCAUGUCAUUCUUCUUUCUUCUGUACAGAUAUUUCUCUUAUUUAUUCUUAGAACAAAAACGACCAGCCACUGUACCUUCACAUUUAUUAUAUUUAGAAUGUAAAUAAAUUAGUGUUAUUCAAAAUGGUCUAUGUUCCUGUUACAAAAAUUAGCGAAUAUUGUUUCAUAAAAUAUUCAGUCAUUCCUUGAAAAGAUUUAUAGAUAAAAUAAUGUAUACUAUGUAAAUUACAAUUGUGUAAUAUUUUUGUAAUUAAAAUAUCAUAUUGAGCAUAUAAUUUAUAAUAAAAAUA